AUGGUGAACAGCGUUGUUGUUGAGAACGGCAAAAUGGAAAUUUUACGUAAUGAAAAGUUGAACCUUCCAAAUCGGUCUGUCUUAGAAGAAUUUAUUCGACAACGGCAAAAGUGUCGCUUGGAACGUUUGCAUAGCGAACCGCCGCUUGCCGAAGCCGACGAAAGUCGAGCAGAUUCACCUUGCCUGUCUACAGCAUCGGAACUGCUUCCAGCCUGUGCAGUUCGAAUACUGGAACCGACUCGUAAUAUUCCAUACAUUACGGUACCAAAUCGAAGCUGCUAUUCAAACGGUUUUGAACGAAGUCGUUUCAGCCGAUACGAUUCCGGUGCUUCGGCUGCAAUUGGCAACAAGCUAAAAAUGUUUGAUCGGCUUGCACAAGCCGAGAAUGCACUAAACGCUAGUUGUCACGGUCUAUCUGUACCAUUUGCACAUAGGUAA